UUUGACUAGGCAUGAAAUCGACAUUUGAGUUAGUCCCGAUGUUUGAGCUAGACCUGGCAACCCUUCAUCUACUCUUGUCAUGUGCGUUUGGUAGUCGAGCGAGCAGUAGUUUUAAUAAACUAACCCAACAGCUUUUUAAAAAGUUAAAUAUGCCAAGGAAGUGUGUUGUUUCUGGGUGCAGUAAUACCCAUAAGGACGGGGUUACGACUCAUUUGUGGCCCAAAGACGACAAGUUAGCAUUGAAGUGGGAUCGGUUUGUCCGGUUGACGCGAGUGGAUUGGAUUAAGGGAACCACGGCCACUACUGUAUGCGGUGCUCAUUUCACCCCGGAGGACUUCGACGGCUACAAGCAGUGGAAGGCAGGAUUCGGAACGAGACUCCGACUGAAAGCAUGUGCUGUACCGACCCUGCAUGUGAAGACUGCCGUUACAACCUCGGUUUCUGACCAACCAAACAUUACGUCAACAACGUCAUCAGCGAUGACGAUAAACCGGGACAGCCGAUGACUGGGUGCCUUUUGUUUGUCGCACCAUUCUUGGUAAACCCAAGACGCUGUCGUGCGUGAAAAGCCCAGGAGGGUGGACGUUUCUGAGAUACUGGAUCUGGCACGCCUGGCACUGACGAUCAUACCACACUCCAAGUUGCUUAGGUGGAAAACAUGACGUUGGGCGUGACGACAAAAUAUGAAACAACAACAUGCAACAUUACAGUACCAUCACCUCCAAGAUGCGCUGUGGUACCGCUAAAACAAAACGUGUCAACACAGGCUUAUUAUUACAGAGAAGAAAAGAAAAACAAAGCUGUCCAAGUCUGGCCAAUCCGGAAGAAUGUCGUAGUCAAUACUUCCUUUACGGAGGACAUACCACCGAAGGAAGUGAACCGUUUACACUCUGUUGCGGUGUACAUGGCCAGGAAGUACGUGGUCUUUGAAGAAUGCCUCCUUCCAUUGUUCAAGACUUGUCCGGUCUGUCGCAGCUCCUGCAGCAUCGACAAGUUCAUCCAAGAUACCCUGCUCACCAUCAACCAGUUCUGCAACCACUGUGACCACCGGAGCCAAUGGAAGAGCCAGCCCUUUAACCUCCCAGCUAGAUACCUGUCCUCUUCAGCAGCAUCGACUGGCACAACUGAUGCUUCGAUUGGCACCACAACUGGCACCACUACUGGCACAUCCACUGACGCUCUGACUGACUCCUCAACUGGCCCAACUUGCACCUUCAAUUCUCAGACCCUGAAGACAGCGGAGGACGGUGAUCUUCUGUUGGAGAAUUACGAUGGCGAUAUUUUCAACAAGGGUCUGGAGGACAUUCAGACCCUGGUGUUUGAGACAACCUUUUGUGUGCAUGAUGACGACAAAGCCAUGAAGAAGAUAUGUCAACGUCAGUCCUUGGAGGAGGAACAGGAAGAGGAGGCUAGGGAGGAAGAGGAGGCUAGGGAGGAAGAGGAGGCUAGGGGGGAGGAGGAGGGCUCCGAUGUGGAGUGGCAACGUGAGGUUGAGUUAAGUCCUCUUCUAGCCUCAGAUUCAGAAUGGGAUUCCCGGGUGCUCUGCCCCGAUUGUGGCACGUUUAUUAAAGGCUCCAAGGCUCACCUCUGCGAGCAUGCCAAGCCGUUUGUCUGCCAGGACUGUGGCAAGCGGUUUGUUAACGAGACCACUCAACAUUCACCAAAGAAUCCACAAGCCAGGCUAUGUGCACGGGUGCAAGUACUGCCUCAAGCCAUUCCAGAGCAGGCCGGAGAAGCUGAGGCAUGAGGAGAGUCACCUGCGUGUAGAAAAGCCCUACGAAUGCCCCAACUGCCCCAUACGAUUCAGCGACAUUAAAGCCCGGGACGGCCACCUUCAAAGCCACAGAGGGCCCACAUGGUACAUUUGCAACAUCUGCAAAAUGGAGUUUACAAGUAGUAGCUACCUGGAAAGACACAUGCUAGUCCACAGCGGGGAGAAGCCCUACACAUGCCCCGAGUGCCAGCGCUCCUUCAACCAGGCGAGCCACCUCAAGUCUCACAUGCGCCUUCACACGGGCGAGCGGCCGUACAAGUGCCGGCAAGUCCUUCAACCACAACGUGAGUCUGAAAAGCCACGUCCAGCACUACCAUCCGGACCCUGCCUCUGGGACCAAGGAGAAGAAACAGGAGCCAGUCUCAAACUCUGAGACUUUGACUGAACAACGGGUAGUGACCGAGGAGAGUCGAAAGACAAAUGCAGGGUCUGGGCAGGAAAGAGUGAAGAGGGCAGGGAGGAAGAGGAAACGCCUGACCUUUGAUUAUGAGGAGUUGGGGGAGAGUGAGCGCAACAGUGACUCAGACUUCAACCCAGGGGCAGAAGAGGGUGGUAGCAACAAGACUACAGGCAGACCAAUAGGCAGGCCGAGAAUGAGACCAGGGACCACCAGAGAGAUGUAUGCGGGAAGUGUGAAUAAAGAGCAUGAUGGAUCCAACCUGAAUGAACAGUGGGAAGAGGAGGACAGGGGGACCAAAAGGAAGGCCACAAGAAGGAGGAGAGGAAGACCAAGAGCCAUUGAAGAGAUGCAUGAGGGAACUGCUUGCGAAGAGCUUGAUGAAUCAAACCUGAAUGAACAAGUGCCAUCAAUAGAGACUGCUCUUUCUGAACUUUUAGAGAGUUGUGGGCCAAUUCAAAAUGUAGAUGAGGUUUUUGACCCGAUGAAGAAUUAACUGUUAGUUAUUGAGGAUUUGUCUUUUUCCCCCCUAUAUUUUCUAUCUUUUUUACACGUUGAAGAAAAAUACUUUUGAUUUGACACAAAUGUCCAUAAGGUUCAAGAUUCUACUCUAAAGCAGGGUCAACAAGGAAACUGUCGACAGGUCCCAAAUUGUACCCUAUUCCCUAUACAGCGCACUACUUUUGAACAGCCUAGAUUGCAUUGAUUUCAGACACCGUUGCGUUGAGCCAUGGUCAUAAGCCUACCGCCUGAUUCCUUAUGUUCAACAUUGUGUUCUAGUGAACUUGACGAGUUGCUGUCUACAUUAUGAUCAGUUAAGAAAAGUGACAGACAAUGCAAAGUGCCUCCUAUACUUUGUCGUUGAAAAGCGGUUAUCUUGGAUUGUAAUUCCUAUCAUUUGCAGACAUGAUUGUAAUAAACGUCAUUAUAAACCGGG